AAACCCCAUCAAAAAGGCACCUGAAUAAAGAUAUCUCUCUUCUCCGUCAAAUAGAAACCCUAACGUUCACAGAACUCGCAAUGAAAGGUGGUCAAUCCAAAGCUGAGGCCAAGAGCACUGAUAAGAGGCUGAAAACCCGUGGUGGAAAACCUGGAAAGAAGGUGAAGGAUCCCAACAAGCCGAAGAGGCCUCCGAGUGCCUUCUUCGUCUUCCUGGAGGAGUUCCGACGGGAGUUCAACAAAGCAAACCCUAAGAACAAGUCCGUUGCUGCUGUUGGUAAAGCUGCUGGAGAUAAAUGGAAAUCCAUGUCAGAGGAAGAUAAAGCUCCUUAUGUCUCAAAGGCGGAGAGCAAAAAGAGUGAAUAUGUCAAGAAUAUGCAACAAUACAACAAGAAACUGGCUGAUGGAGAUGAUGACUCUGACAAGUCCAAGUCUGAAGUCAACGAUGAGGAGGAAGGAGAAAGCGAAGAGGAUGAAGAUGAUGAUUAGGGUUCUUCUCUACAGAGACUCAGGUGAAGAUGAAUGAGAAAUUUGUGUAAAGUUUCUAAGAUCUGAUUAAGAAAAAACAAAAAACAUAGACGGGGCUAUGCAUUUUCUUUUGAUAUGAGGCUCUCACCUGGUGUUGCCAUGGAUUAGGCCAGUUGUUGUAGGGAGAAUGGCAACCCCCCUCCUUGCUGAGAAUUUAUAUUUGCUUAACAAGCUUUUUUGUGAUAAGAGAUUGUAGUUCGAGCUUCAUUUCUGGUUAUGGUAUGUUAGUUUACUUCUGGGUA